CUAAACAGAAAAUGCUUAGGGAAAAAUAGCUGGUUUUAAAAUCGCGUCUCUUUGAAUGAGUUAACUGCUUUGAUUUACUGAAUUAAGCUUUUGAAGCACAAACCAAUUUUUUUUUUUUGUUUUUUUUCUUUCAAAUGACAUUAUGAGCCGACUCUACUCGCCGACUCGACAGAUAGUCGCAGGUUACUUGAGAUAAACUACCUGGAGGACAAGCAAGACACCUUUGGAAAGUGGACUCGAGGGCCUUCGUGGUUUUGUAAAAGUACAAGAAUGAACCCCGUGAAUAUGAACAGUUUGAACGUAUCCAUCUCUGGAAACCAGCACGCGAAUCAGUUCGCCGUCUAUGAGUCUCCGCUGUACAAGGACUACAGACCUCCAGCCAGAGAUCUGAUCCAGCUCCCCAGAGCCCUGCUCUACCUGAUGAUGGCCGCGGUGGUGGUGGUCGCUGUCGCUUAUGCCAUUGUGGGACAUUUAAUUAAAGACCUCGCGCAUGACAUCUUGGACUGGGCUUUGGGUCCAGAUGAGGAGAUCUUAAAGGUCAACAGUGAGGCGGGUGAUGAUGGUUCCACGCACAUGCCACCAGGCCUCACACACUCCCACCCCAACGCCUUUCAUGUUUGGGAUCAGGACGACGUGGUCAUCCCCCUCUCUCCAGUGGACAGCCCUCAAACCAGCCCCCUUUUGGCUACCAUCCCUUUUAUCCCUCACUUCUUCCCCUCUCCUGCUUCUCACAGUGUGCUGAAUAGCCCCGCACUGCCUCAAAUACACCCAGAGGAUAACAAGAGCCCCACAAAGACACCACAAGAUGCCUAUGUCUUCCCUUCACCCAAAAUGAAAGGACAUAGUUCCGCUUUCUCACACAUGUCAUUUCAUGAGAGAAGAGAUGGGACUGAUAAAGUUUGAACCACCGAACAAUGGCUCACACUAGAUUGUAGUCCAUGAAUUCUUAAAGGAAUAGUUCACCAUAAAAAGAAAAUUUGCUGAAUAUUUACUCACUCUCAGGACAUCCAAGAUGUCAAUAAGUUUGUUUCUUCAUCAGAACAGUUUUGGAGAAAUUAUAUCACUUGCUCACCAGUGGAUCCUCUGCAGUGAAUGGGUGCCGUCAGACUGAGAGUCCAAACAGCUGAUAAAAACAUCACAAAAAUCUACACCUUAUGAAGUGAAAAAUGGCAUGUUUGCAAUAAGCAAAUCCAUUAUUAAGAUGCUUUUAAUAAUGAAUUCGUAAAUUUUCUUUAAUAAUUAACUUUCUCUUGUGAAAAUGUUGUCUUGUCUGAAUCAGGAGUGAAAUAUCCACAAAUCAAGU